AUGCCGAAGGGUGCUGGGCUGCCCCAACACGUCCGCGGGCCCUGGGGGAGGCUGCGGGCACCGAGGGGAACGGGUCCCACUCGGUACACAGGGUCCCGGCCGGUGAAAGGGCCGGAGCGAGGAGGGAACCUCGGGCAGCCCCGCACCGCGGGCACCGAGGGGCAGGCGGCGGCCGCAGCUCCUCCAGCAGGGCCACCUGCCUUCACUUCAGGGCGCCCCGGCCGCGGUUUCUGGUGUGCCCCGAGCCGCGGCCCCCCUUUCCCCGAGGCUCCGAAGGCAGAGCACGGGGCGCCCCCUCCUCCCCGCGGGCCACGGCAGGCCGGCCCCGCGCACCCCACCCCUACGGCCGGCCCCGCGCAAACACCUACGGGCACCCCUCCGGCCGGCCCCGAGCACACCUACCGCCAGCCCCGAGCACACCCCUACGGGCACCCCUACCGCCAGCCCCGCGCAAACACCUACCGCCAGCCCCGCGCACACACCUACGUGCACCCCUACGGCCGGUCCCGAGCACACCCCUACGGCCGGUCCCGAGCACACCCCUACGGCCGGCCCCGCGCACACACCUACCCCCGGCCCCGCUGCUCCGCGGGCGCUGCGGCCGCGCUCCCGGCGCGAUCGCCUCCGGCCGGCCCGGCCCGGCCCGCCCGCGCCGCCGCCAUUGGGCGCUCCCCGGCCGCGAAGGCGCCGCAUUGGCCGGGCCCGCCCGCCCCGCCCCGCGCGGAGCCGCCCCCGACCCGCUGCCCCACCCCGGGCCCCGCUGCCCCCCCGGCCGGUCCCGCACUCCCGGCAUUGAUCCCGUCCCAUUUUCUUAGGGCCCGCUUCUAA